AUGGGCCACCGACACCACGACGACCCCGUGUUUGCAUUGACCUUGAGCGGGCACAUUAGUGGCGGGUACGAUUCGCCCAAGGCGCACAAAGGAAAGCAUCAUCAACGGGCUUCGACGACAAAGAAAAAGCUGAUCGUGUCAGCAACGUCGCCAUCCUCUCCCCACACUGACCGUGCACACAACCUCUUGGUUCAGGCGGAUGCAUUCUUGGACACGGCACAUUCCGAAGUGUAUGCGAUUGAAGGCGCUAUGAAGCAUCUCCGACACGCGUUGGAUGCGUUUCAAGUGUUGUUUGACAAGCAGAUUCACAUGUGCGCCGACACAGAGUGUUUCAAAGUCGCGCGGAUGAAAGCCGACUUGAUGGACAUGCUCGACAGUGUCAAGAACGCCAGCACGUCCUUGGAAGGGUCGUCGAGUAGACUCCAAAAAGCCAUCACCGGCGGCAAAAAGGCGAUCCAUGUGAACCAAUCAACUCUGUUGCAUCGUCGCAACCAACCGAGCCGCAACGGGGCCUUGGACUCUAUUGACACGGACUACCACCACCACCAGUAUGCAACGACGUCACGAACGUGGUCGAGCAGUUCAUUGACUGGGAGCUGUUCCAGUGGGUCUCUCGACAACACGACGACGACCCCGUUGACGUUGUGGGACACGUUGUUUCCACUUCCUGGUGCGCCCACGCUGCCCAAGCCCGACGUUUCUGCAGUGCUAGACAAGGUAGCGUUUUACUCAAAGACUUCAUUGGGCAAGAAGGACGUGCUGGUAUUUUUCCGGGAAUUGAUUCACUGGAGUCUGGUACACAACCACAAAACCCUGUCAUUUCUGGACCGGUCGCACAACAAGAACCAUUCGACGCGGUAUGCCUCAAUAUUGACAUCGGCGGCGUGGGACGAACUCGGGUCAUUGCAGGUCUUGACCAAAGUUGCACAGCAACACGGCAACGACUCGGACGAUCUUGGCGACGUGGCAUCUGCCACAUCGGUUUCAACCGUGAAUUUGGAAUCGUUUGUCACGUCCACGGCGUUUGCACACUUGGUCAAAACCAUUAGCGCCAAGCUCAACUUUUCGCCGUCGAAGCCCCCAGCAACUAGCUCACCCCCGAAAGAAGCCAUGACGGCCGCUGAAAACACCCUCUCCAUGGCCAAACUCCUGCAUGACCUAGCUAAUGCUGAAUGCGAAGCCAAGAACGGGUUCAAGUUAUCCGUCCGAUCGAACGCCGUACGGUCCAAAGAGUUUUCCAAGGCGUUUCUCACUGCCUCCAAGGAGUUGCUCGAUAAAGAAACCACCUUGUAUUGAACCACCCCAUGCAACCUACCCGUAUAAACACGUCGCUAUCUAUUUAGACCACAAAACACAUUCAAC